CCGCGCCGGCCCGCCCAGGCCACGCCCACAUUACGCGGGCGCGAGCUCGCCGUGCGCGGUGGUUCUCUGCGCGGCCGCUCCGGCGGAGGCCUGGGGGCGGGGCUGAAGGGGAAAGUGCCAAGACCGCUGAGUGAAGUGAGACUUCUGCUAGGAAGGAAAUGGCUGCCUCUUCUUCGUCCUCCUCAGCCGGUGGGGUCAGUGGAAGUUCUGUCAGUGGAUCUGGUUUCAGUGUCUCAGACCUUGCCCCACCACGGAAGGCCCUUUUCACCUACCCCAAAGGCGCUGGGGAGAUGUUAGAAGAUGGCUCUGAGAGAUUUCUCUGUGAAUCUGUUUUCAGCUAUCAGGUGGCUUCUACACUGAAGCAGGUAAAACAUGAUCAGCAAGUUGCUCGGAUGGAAAAACUAGCUGGUUUGGUAGAAGAGCUGGAGGCAGAUGAGUGGCGGUUUAAACCCAUCGAGCAGCUGCUGGGGUUCACACCCUCUUCGUGUUGACCUUGCCUGGAUGGGCACCCCUGGUGUGCACAGCAAGUGCAGAGCCAGCGGGGGACUUUUCCUACACCUUACAUAGCCAGCCAGAGCUUCACAGCUCCAUUGCUGAAUUGUUCAUUCUCAUCAGUACUUAGUUUCUCUGUAUCUAUCCACAAGCAACAGUAUUUAAAUGUGUGAUCUUGCAGGGAAAAUUUGUGUUUAUUUAUUUUUAAAAGCUUUGAGAAUUAGGUUAAGACAGUCGGCAUCAGAGAACCAGGAGGUUUGGGUUUAAGAGAGUUAUAAAACUUGGCAAGCCGGGUAGGUCACAGGCCAGAAUUAGCCAACGGAAUGGCUUCUCUCCUGACACUUGUGCAGUGGGUGGAAUCCUCACCAGUCAAGUCCAAGUCAGGAUCUGGAGUUAUAAAAUUCAGCACUUCUGACGUAAAACGUUCUGUUUUGCUGAUGAAUAUGAUUUCUACUCAGGACCUGUCUAAAUGAGGCAUAUUUAAAUGUUUAGGGUUUUUUUCUAUUUUUAGACAUCUAAUUCUAUAGAUUCUAACUUUUUCUCACCUCUUUUAGACAUGCCAAAUGCUGGCAAAAGAAUUGUUUUUUGAAUGUUCAAGCACUUGUAAGAAUAAAGCAGUGAGCAAUAUCCUUUAAACACAGAAAUCCUGAGUUCCUCUUGUUGAUGGGCUCAAGCAGUUCUGUGGCAAAUAAAUCCUUUGAACGAGCUCCAAA